AUGACCUUAUGCAAUGAGGACAGAAACCUGCUGCAUGCUAGAGAGAGAGAGAGACGAAUUGGGGAGGCUCAGCAGGAGAAAAACAAGCUCCCUGAGAAGCCUCCCGUCUUUGCAGCACCCUACAAGACUCAUAAAGGAGAUGACUUGUCAAACCAAAUUCGGAACGUGCUGGGCAAUUAUGAGGAUGUCAUGGGGCUCAUCAACUCCAAAACCCAAUGGAAUUUCUUAGGGCUUCAGGAAGUCCUUCCUCCGGUCUCACCUGAAGCACCUCAUUUCCCACACUCCCUUGAUGAAAAUACCAGCCCUACAUCAUCACCUUCAUUCCACGACACAGCCCACCAUCCACCCACUACGGCUGUAAGUGCUCCUCCUGCUCACCGCUCAAGUCCCUGCGAAAAGGCACAAUCAAGGACAAAACCGCAUUCAGGUUUGCACGUGCAGAGCGGCAGCUCAUCCAACGGUCAGAGCCAAAGUCGCAAACGCAGUUGUGGUGACAAGGAAAGUCACGAAGGUCUUCAUCGCAAGGGAAGUGACAGGCGUGCGGCUGGUGAAGGUCGUGCUCAUGAUCUGGACUACUCCAUUUUCUCAUUUUCUUCAUUUCUGACACCUUUGCCUCCUCCACUGGAACCUCUGUCACCUCUGCGUUCCGACCUGCACGUCAGUUCCAAGUCAGAAAAGAGCAGCAAAAGCCAGGAGCUGACCUACAGUCAAAGAAAAUCGUUUCAGGACCUAGUGACAGGAUCAGAGGAAGAGGAAAGUCAGGACGGCUCAGACAUUGACCUGAGCAGCAACACUCGGCCUUCCUCUCGGACGGUUCCUACAGCUUUGCCAUCAAAGCCCAGCGCGAUGCAGCAGAAACCAACUGCCUGUGUGAGACCAAUGGAUGUCCAAGAUCAGGCGCGAGAGGAAUCGCCAGAUCUCAAACCUCUCCUGGAGGAAUACCAUAGAGAGCCCUUUGAAAAGAUCUCAGAUCUGAAGGUGAAUGCCAGAGCCAGACUAUUCAAAUCAGAAAUCCCUUCUGAGCCCGUAAAGCAAACCUUCCGCUGGGAUGCCCAAGCCGUUAAGGAAAUUUUGAAGGAAAUGACCCAGUCAUGGCCACCUCUUCUGACAGAUAUUCCUACUCCUCCUACUGCAGAGCCUUCCAAAUUUCCAUUACCAACUAAGGAGUCGCAGCCUGUUGGAUGUGUAGCACAGAACCAGAGACAGUACGAUGGACCUUCGGAUACGUUGCCUCGUUCUCAGACAACAGUAUCAGUGCUGCUCCAGGAAGACCUGCAAGUCAGUGACAGCGAAGACAGCGAUGACAACCAACCUGACCCACCAACUUCCAGUAAGUGGCAGGCUGGCAACUGCCUAACCAAGAGGAAAGCGGUGGACGAAGAGACGAAUAGGAAGAAACUGAAAUCAGAGAAAGAAAAAAAAUCACUGAACUCUUCACCUAAGAAAGACUCCAAGAAACUGAAAGCAUCAAACUCCAAAGCUUCAUUUGAAUACUGGAAGAAUGAUUUUCAACCUCCACCACUGCCACCACUGUGUCCUAUACCUCCUGCACCAAAGUCAACAAAGGUGGCCCAGAAGAGACGCAGAAGCCAGAACGACGAGCUGUCUGCCAUCGACAACACAACCAAGACCGAGAGCAACAACAAGGAUCCUUUGAUCUGCAAGCACCGCAAAGUGCAGAGUAAUGAAGCUGAACUAUCAAAGGAUAUCAAGGGAUCUGCCGGACACGUCACAAAACUUUUCCCAGUGCCUUCUUUGCCAAAUGGUACCUCCCGGCCAAAGAGACCUCAACUCAAGUUUGAAAGGCAGUAUCCAGCAGAAUACUACGCAGAAGAGGCCAGGAGGCUGAAACACAAAGCUGAUGCAAUGACUGACAAGAUUGCGAAGGCCUUUCAGUACCUAGAAUCUGCCCUUUUCUUCAUCGAGUACGGAAUUGCCUUGGAAGCGAAUGCACAGAAUUUCGCCUACAAAAUAUUCCAGGACACCACAGAUUUCAUCAAAUUCAUCAUGACGCUAAAAUACUGUAUGAGCCCCUCAGCACCUUCACAUGAAGAAAUCUUUACCGUGUUAUGCAUGCGCUGCCUGUCCCUUCUGAACAUGGCCCUGUUCCGUGGCAAAAAAGAGACUGCAGCAAAGUAUUCCAGCAUUCUGAACGACCACUUCAAGGUAGGGCACAGAUUUCCCACAAAAGCACCUUCUCCGUCUGUUGCAAGGAGCACAGGCGUGCCUUCUCCAUCGUUUCCAAUGCCGUCUCCUACCACUUCUCUGCGGGGAGCUGGCAACUGCAGUGAUAACAGUAUGUGCUCUUCAACCACCGUCUCCUCCGAUAUCCCAGACAUCACCUAUUCCUACGUCAACAUCACUUCCUAUGUUCUCUCUGCGCUUAAUAAUUGGGAGCGAGCUGAUGCACUGAUCCUGAAGAAUCAGGAGUUUUUUGGGGAACUCGGCACAGCAUCGGAGGAGCUGUCACUGACCAGCAGCUUGAUCAGACUAGUCCGCUAUGUUAGACAGGGUUUACACUGGCUGAGACUGGAAAACAACAUGCCUUAA